ACGUCAACGCUCUCAGUCUUCCGAUAUUCUGACGAUUUCUAGAUUGUUUGGUGCCCACCGUCUUGUGACCUUUAAAUCUGUCUGAAUAUUUGAUACAAUAUUUUUUCGUUUGGGCUUGCCCCGAAACCAGUACACGGUUCAUAAUAUUUUGUGAUUCAUUUUUUAAGUCGUGUUUGAACGUGCUUGUCCAGUGUACAACAUGGCGCAGAAGACCAACUCCUUUUUCACUGGUCUGGAGGAUUCCUUUCGGGAUCUGUCUUUCGACUCGCCUUCCUCCAUCGCUUCGUUCCCUCCUGGCCAGUUCUCCGCCGCAGCAUUCUCUGGAAUUCGGAACAUGGGUCAAUCCGUCUCCCAGUCCGACGAUGGAACGUGGCGUGCCCGUGUCACCUCCUCCGCUGACUCCGCUGGGACGCUUCUACAGUGGAUCUCCCGACAGCUCCCGUGCAGCUCGAAUGGCCAUCCUGCGGGAUUCAGGGAAUAGUUAUGUGGUCUGGAGCGGGACGCUGCCACCGCGAAACUGUCGCACAAACUCGCCGUUCUCCUGCAAGGUAUUUUUGGGUGGUGUGCCGUGGGACAUCACGGAAACGGACCUGCGGAAAACGUUCGGAGUUUGUGGUCCACUGCGCGAGGAAUGGCCGGGUGUGUACGAUCACUCCUCAACGCAACAUCCAAAGGGACACCUGUACCUGCUGUUUGAAGACGAGCGCUGGGUGAUGAAGCUGUUGGGCCGCUGCUCCUACGACGGGCAUCACAACCAGAACAACUGGUUCUACCGCGUGGCCAGUCGACGAAUGCUGGGCAAAUCGGCGCAGGUCAUCCCGUGGCAGCUGGCCGAUGCCACCUACGCGCUGCACGGAUACGUCCCCACUCCGGGCACACCCUACCGCAUCUUCGUGGCGAAUCUGCACGGGAUGAUCACGGCGGAGGGGCUGGGGCGGAUCAUGAACGAUUUGUUCGGCGGCGUCAUCCCCGCCACACUGGACACUGAUAAGACAAAGUACCCGAUCGGACCGGGCCGCGUCACCUUCAACAACCCGACCAGCCACCUGAAAGCCAUCACCACGGAGACGGUGGAGAUCCGGACGGCCAAGUUCACCCGCCAGAUCAAGAUCGACCCCUUCCUGGAGGACGCUGUGUGCAGCGCGGGAUUCUUGUCCCAGUAUCCGGCGAUUGACGGGAGCAGCGGAUAUGGUCAUUACAACAGCCACGGCGAUGUAUACCGCAGCGGCGGUUGCGGAACUGCAAGUGUGGCUGCGGGGUCCGGUCAGUGCUUGGUUGUCGUCGGUAGCGGUGGGUGUGGGGGUGAAGCGCGCCGCGAAGGACUGUUGCCGGCAGGUGGCGACGGACAGGGCGCAGGACACCCUGAAGGUGGAAAUGGAAGCAGUGGUGGCCAAGCAGCGGAGGAGCAGCGACCGCGCCGUAUGCGUUUCCAACUGCACCGCACGCUGGCGUACCUGAAUUUUCCGCUGGACAAUGUGAACUGGAAUUCCGACCCGCGGCCCGAUGCCCAGUCCAUCCUUGAGCGAUUGGAUGCGACGACCUUUCAGAACGCAAUCGACACACAGAUCGACCCGGAAUACGUUGCCGGGGACGGACCCCUUGGGGUGGACUUCAUUUUUUUUCGCCUGUUGCCGGGAAUGAGCAACAGCGCUUCCGGCCGCAUCCGGGGAUAUCUUGCCAUUUACCCAACGGAAGACUAUGGGAUCGACGUUGGAUGUGAGGACGUGCCGGAAUGAAUUUUGAUCGUGUUGCUAGUGCCGCGCUUGUAGUUCUGAGUUUAGUUGUGUUGCUACUUCCGUAUAGCAUGUUAAUAAAACAUUAAUUGUC